AUGGCUCCUGGAAUGUCCCUUUUCUCCGUCAACGCGAUCCUGAUCCUCAGCAUCGAGGACGGAUCGCGGUUAUUCUCCAAGUACUACAGCGCACCCCACCACGCCGGCGCCGCGACACACAACGGUAGCGCUCGCCCUCCACCCCCUUUCAAUGCCCAGGCCCGGAGCUUCCCGUACCCCGAUGUAAAGUCGCAAAAGGCCUUCGAGAAGGGCCUCUUGGAGAAGACGGCGAAGCAGACUGGUGAUAUCAUCCUGUAUGACAACCGGAUCGUGCUCUACAAGAUGGAGUCGGACGUUAUGAUGUACGUUGUCGGAGGUGUCGACGAGAACGAGGUGCUCCUCUACAACGUCAUUUUGGCCCUGAGGGACUCCCUGCACCUGCUCUUCAAGCAAUCCGUCGACAAGCGCACAAUCGUCGAGAACUACGACCUUGUUUCCCUCGCUAUUGACGAGAUCGUCGACGACGGCAUCAUCCUGGAGACCGACCCGACCAUUAUUGUUCAGAGAGUCAGCAAGGCACCGGCGCAAGACGUCGACCUCCGCCGCAUCGACCUCAGCGAACAAGGUGUCAACAACCUGGCCCAGCUGGGCAAGUCGAAACUGGCGGACUGGCUGCGGCAAGGCUUGUAA